AUGGCCUCACGAAGUAGUUUGAGUCCCACGUGGACAUUUCCUUCUCGUAAUAGUCCUGGGUGGGUCACCAGGGAGGUCUGUGGCAACUGCAAUCAAUCGAGUUCCAGGAAUGUUCCCCAAGUGGUGGCAAAGUGUCUAGAUUGCACGUACCUUCUUUGCCAACCAUGUCUGAUGGCUCAUCAAAGGGGUCGUCUGACAAGAAAUCACGGAAUUCAACUUGACACAAGAAGCAAUACACCAAGUCCAUCUUCAGCUGUUACCUCUUACUCAACCCCACCAACAAUUACCUUCUAUUGCGAUGUUCAUCGGGAAAUUAUAAAACUUUACUGCGAGCCUUGUGAAGUGGUAUUAUGUGAAGUAUGCGUAAACAAGGAUCACAGGGGUCAUUUUGUGUACCAAUUGUGGAGGGCUACUAGAGGUGGUGAAUUUACUCCGCUCCAUAUAUUGAAUGAAAUUUGCAGUGCAAUCUCAAACAUUCUACGAGGGAUUGAACUAGUCGAGCAUACUCACGAAAAUAUGGAGAGAUGGGUGAUUCAGACAGACCCUUUUUUGAGGAUAAGGAUCUCUGAAGGGUUUCCUAUACAUUGUGAAGAGCAAGAGAAAUUGCUGACUGCAAUUCAGAGAAUAAAGCUGAUGAGAGACGAAAGACUAGAGCGAACUUUGGGUAUCAAGGAAACGGGUGCCAAAGAGGUGCUUCAGAUUCGUCAAUAUCAGAAUUCUGUAGUACCCAGGGACGACGACUGGAUGUCAUUCCUAGAUUCAAAUAUCAAUUUGGUAAAUUCAUUCGCCUCCGUGGGACCAGUCACUUUUGGAAAUCCAGGCCCCAUAGGAGAUCGUCGAUCUGUUAGAGGUCGGACAGCGGCAAUAGAAACUCCCAUGGGCAGUAGUAGGAUAGUAUCCAACUUCCCACGGCAUGUCAUACCUCGUGGUAGACCUGUGCUAGGAUGCGAUCUUGUCGUAUCUUUGAAAAUCAAUCGCAGUUUAAAUUCUAUGGGACUAAGAACAGUUGCUAUUUGUGGUUCAGAAGGGAACAAAGAUGGAGAGUUAUGCAGACCCUGGGGUGUUUGCUGCGACAAGAAUGGAUAUAUCAUCGUAGCAGACAGAUCGAAUAAUCGUAUUCAAAUUUUUCAAGAAAAUGGUACUUUCGUAAGAAAAUUUGGUACCCAGGGCUCUGGUCCGGGUCAAUUUGAUCGACCCGCCGGUGUAGCUACAGACUCGCAAAGCCACAUUGUGGUUGCUGACAAAGAUAACCAUAGAAUUCAAAUUCUUACCAUCGAAGGACUAUUUCUACAUACAUUUGGUGAAAAGGGCUCUAGGCCAGGCCAAUUCAAUUACCCUUGGGAUGUGGCUGUUAAUUCUGAAGGCCAAAUAGUUGUCUCUGACACACGAAAUCAUCGUAUUCAACUAUUCACACACCAAGGUGUAUAUUUAGGAAAGUUUGGCUUCGAAAAUACCACUGGUCCUUCAAAGCACUUUGAUUCGCCUCGAGGUGUUGCUUUCUCUCCAGAGGGCAACAUAAUUGUAACCGACUUCAACAAUCACCGGCUAGUCGUUAUUCCGCCGAACUUGGGAACCGCAAGGUUCUUAGGUGGGGAAGGUACUGGUUCAAAGCAAUUCUUGAGACCACAGGGUGUUGUGGUAGACGACGACGGGCACAUCAUAGUUGCAGAUUCUAGAAAUCACAGGAUACAGAUAUUUGAGCCGUCAGGAGAGUUAAUGUGGAGGAUAGGAAGUUCGGGUAAAGCACCUGGUGAACUCGAUAGACCCGCGGGCAUAACAUUAACACCCAAUGGAGCAAUAGUUGUCGUUGACUUCGGUAACAACAGAAUUCAAAUAUUCUAGAUUUUAAGAAGCAAAAACCA